AUGUCGAGGCGCAAGCAGGCGAAACCCCAGCACAUCAACUCGGAGGAGGACCAGGGCGAGCAGCCGCGGCCGCAGCCGACUCCAGAGUUCGCAGAUGCGGCCCCAGCGGCGCCGGCGGCGGGGGAGCCGGGUGCUUCAAUGAACCACAUAGGCAGUGGCGAUGAAGCAGGUGGGGACAAAGCCACUGCCAAGCGGCUCCGCCAAGAGGACACUCACAUCUGUGAGAAAUGCUGUGCCACGUUCUUCAGCCUCUCAGAGUUCUUGGAACAUAAGAAAAAUUGCACUAAGAUUUCGCCUGUCCUCAUCAUGAACGACGGCGAGGGACCAGUGCCUUCAGAGGACUUCUCCAGAGUGGUGCUGAACCACCCGCCACUCAGCCCCAGCAGUAAGGAUGGUCACCAGGGGAGCAGUGGCAGUACCAAGGAGAAGCCGGGCGCCGAGCCUGUCCUGUACUUGAAGGCAGAGGCCGCCCUGCCGCCCUCGCCCCAGGACAUAAGCUAUUUACCCAAAGGCAAAGUGGCCAACACAAACGUGACUCUGCAGGCACUCCGGGGCACCAAGGUGGCGGUGAACCAGCGCAGCGCCGACGCCCCGCCUGCCCCGGUGCCCAGCGCCCACGGCAUCCCGUGGGUCCUGGAGCAGAUCCUGUGCCUGCAGCAGCAGCAGCUCCAGCAGCUGCAGCUCACCGAGCAGAUCCGCGUGCAGGUGAACAUGUGGGCGGCGCACGCCCUGCACUCGGGCGGGACCGACGCCCUGAAGACCCUGGGCAGCCACGUGUCCCAGCAGGUGUCUGCCACKGUGGCUCUGCUCAGCCAGAAGGCCRGAAGCCAAGGCCUGUCUCUGGAUGCCUUGAAACAAGCCAAGCUACCUCAUGCCAACAUCCCUUCCACCGCCGGCUCACUGUCCCCAGGGCUGACCCCCUUUGCCCUGAAGCCAGACGGGUCACGGGUGCUCCCGAAUGUCGUGUCUCGGCUCCCGAGCGCUUUGCUACCUCAGGCCCCAGGUUCUGUGCUCUUCCAGAGCCCUUUCUCCGCCACGGUGCUAGACCCAUCCAAGAAAGGGAAAGGGAAGCCACCGAACAUCUCCGCUGUGGAUGUCAAACCCAAAGACGAGGCGGCCCUCUUCAAGCACAAGUGUAAGUACUGUAGCAAGGUUUUUGGGACUGAUAGCUCCUUGCAGAUCCACCUCCGCUCCCAUACUGGAGAGAGACCCUUCGUGUGCUCUGUCUGUGGUCACCGCUUCACCACCAAGGGCAACCUCAAGGUACACUUUCACCGACACCCCCAGGUGAAGGCGAAYCCCCAGCUGUUUGCCGAGUUCCAGGACAAAAUGGCAGCAGGCAAUGGCAUCCCCUAUGCACUCUCUGUCCCCGUCCCUGUAGAUGAAUCGAGUCUCUCUUUAGACAGCAAACCUGUCCUUGUAACAGGGACCCCUUGCGUAGGGCUACCUCAAAAUCUCUCUCCGGGGACUAACCCCAAGGACCUCUUGGGUGGCCCGCUGCCCGGCGACCUGCAGCCUGGGCCUUCUCCGGAAAGUGAGGGUGGACCCCCACUAUCUGGGGUGGGACCCAACCAUAAUUCCCCAAGGGUUGGUGGCUUCCAGGGGAGUGGGACCCCCGAGCCAGGGUCAGAGACCCUGAAGUUACAGCAGCUGGUGGAAAACAUCGACAAGGCCCCCACCGACCCCAACGAAUGUCUCAUCUGCCACCGAGUCCUCAGCUGCCAGAGCUCUCUCAAGAUGCAUUACCGCACCCACACCGGGGAGAGGCCUUUCCAGUGCAAGGUCUGUGGCCGGGCUUUUUCUACCAAAGGCAACUUGAAGACGCAUCUUGGGGUUCACCGAGCCAACACAUCUGUAAAGACCCAGCAUUCGUGCCCCAUCUGCCAGAAGAAGUUUACCAACGCGGUCAUGUUGCAGCAGCACAUCCGGAUGCACAUGGGUGGCCAGAUUCCCAACACGCCUCUGCCGGACAGCCCCUGUGACUUUACGGGUUCYGAGCCCAUGAUGGUCGGGGAGAGWGGMGGCACAGGUGCCUCCUGCCCCGAGGAGGUCGAGAGCAUUGAUGUAGAUGAAGUAACGUCCCAGGAUGCCCCCGCUGGCUCCUCCAAGGUCCCUGCACCUCUUCCCAGCACCCACUUGGCAUCACCCACCCUGGGGUUCCCUGCGAUGGCUUCCCUAGAUGCCCCGGUGAAGGUGGGUCCUGCCCCUGGGGGCCUGCAGCACCAGAGCAGCCGAGACAAUGGCUCCGUGGAGAGCGACGGCCUGACCAACGACUCGUCCUCGCUCRUGGGCGACCAGGAGUAUCAGAGCCGAAGCCCAGAUGCCAUGGAAACCCUGUCCUUCCAGGCCGUGUCCCCGGCCAAUAGCCCAGCAGAAAGCAUCAAGUCCAGGUCUCCCGAUGCUGGGGGCAAAGCUGAGAGCUCCGAGAACAGCCGCCCCGAGAUGGAAGGAGGAGCUGCCCCUGUGAAGGGUGAAAGUGUCCUGCAGAUGGAAGAGGGCUCUGGGGUUUUCCACCUGGCCCCACCUCUGGUCCACUACAUGACACAUGGGGCAAACAAUAACUCAGCUCGCCGCGGGAGGAAGCUGGCCAUCGAGAACACCAUGGCCCUGUUGGGUACGGAUGGAAAGAGAGUCUCCGAAAUAUUUCCCAAAGAGAUCCUGGCACCCUCGGUACGUGUGGACCCUGUCCCUGUCGUGUGGAACCAGUACACCAGCGUGCUCAAUGGCGGCCUGGCCGUGAAGAACAACGAGAUCUCUGUGAUCCAGAGUGGCGGCAUUCCCGCCCUGCCCGUCUCCCUGGGGGCCAGCUCUGKGGCCAGCAACGCCACGGUCUCCAAGAUGGACUCCCAGUCCGGGGGCAGUGCCGAGGUGGAGAAGCCAGGUGUUGCCGACAGCCCAUGA